AUGCGCCUCGACGUCGCUCGAGCGUUCGGCCUCAAUCACAGCGGUCCCUCGUUGCGUGCGUUUAUGUGUUUUGGCGAAGAAAUCCCACCGAUCGUACUUGUCAUUCCAUCGAUCGGCCGUCGUCGUCCGUGUCGUGCCGUCCGACGCGGCACCGCGUCCACGUCGGACGGUGUCCGCUUCGACGGCGACGCGAGGGCGGACGAGGAUGGACAACUGGCCCUUGCCGCCGGUGCCGAACUGCGCUCAGUGGUCGCCGCCGACGACCGCCAUCGAAAGGCGCCAUACUGUGGCCGUGGCGGUAGCUGCCAUCCGACGGUCGGCGAGCCCAUGUACCGUAACGAACCGAACCGUCGACGGUUGCCGGAUAAAAACCCCCGUCGCGAUUCUAACGCCGCCGCUAAUGCGAUUCACUGUUCGGCUUUCAAGUGCACCGCAUUAGCGUUAGUUACGAGCGGCCGGUGA